AUGUGCACCCACCUCUCGGAUGCGUGGGUCUAUAUUGUUCUACACGACGAUACUAUUGCUGCUUCUACCCGUGGCCAACGUUGGGCUGCUGAUUUUACUAGGAAGGGAGAACUACGAGCGACCCGCAUCCCAAGAGGCCCAACCGUAUGGUUGGAAGAAAAGGGUGUCCGCUACUUUCCCGUCGUCAGUGGCUAUUAUGUACUGGGCGGCGACAUCGCUCGCAGGAGCAAGAGUUGGCUUGUCGACUAUAAGCAUCCAGUGGAACAAACUAUUGUGUAUGGAACGGUCACAGUCGGUGCUGGAGCUGUCGCCGAGCGACCGGCGAACGUUUACAACGUUGAUCAAGCCAAGUGGAGCAAUUUUAAUAUCCCGAACGCCACCAUGGACUUCUUUAUCAAGGCCAAGCACCCCAUGGUCAUCGACUGCCCUGUUGUACCGAACGCCUUGAAGACCAAGAUAACUUUUGUGGCCAGUAAGGCACUGCACGACUUUCGGAACCCGGUCGUGGGCCCAUCCGGGGCAACCGGUGCUAACCUUUUGGUGCUCGGCGACGAUGCCGCGGACAAUGUCGCUGCGUGGACUCGUCCCGUACUGAAAACUAUCCAAGGCGCCGCAGAGAUGCAACGAAAGAUUGACAACCUAGCCACGCGCUUGGCGGCUUUUACGGAUGAGCUCCGAAACCUCAACCCGUUUUUGAUUGCGGAGGAGACAGUCAAAGAAGCUAUGAUCAUUAUGUGUAGACUUGAAAGAACUAAGGGGUUUAAUCACGUUUUUUUCGUACUGACAAAGAACAGACAUGCAGAGAUGGUUUAG